AUGCAGGGUUCUCCGUUCCACCCCGGUAAUUCUCCUGGGCAGUCUUUGCAGGGAAUGCAGGCAAUGGGAAUGAUGGGCCCCCUCAAUUUAUGUUCUCAACUUAGAACAAAUGGGACGCUUACUUGUGCUCAGCAAAGGAUUAACCCUGGGCAAUUGAGGCAGCAACUAGCACAGGAGAAGACAGUAUAUUCAGAUUUUGUUGUACUAUCAGUCAUUGAUCCUUUAUUGCUGGAAACUUUAGUACCUGAGAUUCGCUUCAUCAUCAGUGAUGGGUAUUAUUUGCAAGCAAAGUAUCUCAUUAAUGCUCAGUUUGUUUCCAUGGAAAAUGGUGGGAAGAAGAUAUGA